AUCUCUGUUCCUGUUUAUUAAUGAAAUACUUAUCCACAAAAGAAGAAAAAAAAUUAGGAUUACAAAUACAAAUAACUGGUAGGAUUUCAAUAAACAAUAUAUUUUUCUCAUAUUUGAAACCACCUCCUCGUAUGUUACAUGGGUUGAAUAAGUAGUGUUUGUUUAAAAAGCGAUUUUCUUAAAACACCCUCCUCGUUCUCUCUCUCUCAUAAUGUAAAUUAGACCAACGUUACUUUACCCCUAAAUCUGAUUUUUGUCUUGAUUUUAUUAGCAGUAGAAACUUGAUAUCAAAACACCCAACAGUUUUCCUGAAACAAAAAUGAGGUGGGAAAAGUUAGAGUUGAGCAAUAGAUUCACAGCAGAAACCAGUGUUGUUGUUGAUGGUAGGAAAUCAGGUCCAGGUCCUGGUAAAAGAUGGGGUCAUACAUGCAACUCCAUUAGAGGUGGAAGAUUUCUGGUUGUUUUUGGGGGUUAUGGAAUGGAUAACUGCCAGACUAAUGAUGUUCAUAUCUUCGAUACAGUUAAACAGACAUGGAGUAAGCCAGUGGUGAAGGGAAAUCUACCUUCUCCAAGGGACAGUCAUAGUUGUACUGCUGUGGGAGACAAUCUCUUCAUCUUUGGGGGUACAGAUGGGAAAGUUCCGCUAAGAGAUUUGCAUAUUUUCGACACUUCCAGCAGUACUUGGAUUACUCCGAGUUUACGAGGUGAAGGACCAGAGCCACGUGAAGGACAUAGUGCUGCACUAGUGGGCAAACGACUUUUUAUAUUUGGGGGAUGUGGAAAAGAUAAUUCAUCUGAAGUUUACUAUAAUGAUCUCUACAUACUGGAUACUGAGACUUUAGUAUGGAGACGUGCUGUAACGUCUGGAACACCACCGUCUGCACGAGAUAGUCACACUUGUUCAGCAUGGAAGCACAAAAUUGUUGUCAUCGGUGGUGAAGAUGCGUCAGAUUAUUAUUUGUCUGAUGUUCAUAUUCUCGAUACAGAUAGUCUUAUAUGGAAGGAGUUGAGCAACGCGUGCUGGAUACUACCUGCACGUGCAGGCCAUUCUACUGUUGCUUUGGGGAAACACUUGUUUAUCUUCGGUGGAUUUACAGAUGACCGAAAUCUUUACGAUGAUCUUCAUGUGCUAAAUUUGGAGAGUGGAAAUUGGACCAAGUUAGUAGCUGCUGGUGAAGGGCCUUCUGCCAGGUUUUCUGUUGCUGGGGAUUGUCUGGAUAUCCGAAAGGGUGUUCUUGUUUUCAUCGGUGGUUGCAAUGAGCAUCUCGAGGCACUGGAUGACAUGUAUUAUUUGCAUACAGAAUUGUCGGUGGAGAACGAGCAAGAUGAUCAGAGGCAAGAAAAAUUAUCUCUCAAAAAGGAGUUGAAGAGAAAGUGCCAAGAACAAUGUUUUCCGACUGGCUUACAGAUAAACGACAAAGAGACGCGCAAACAGGUGACACUUCCUAAAAUGUCUCGAACCAUGCCAUUGCCAUAUUAUGGCCAAGCAGCAGAGCAGAACAACUCGACAAUGAUUGAAUUUAAGCCUUGUAAUGAUAAGAUGUUUGAAGCCAAGGUCACUGAAGCUUUUCGCUAUGGAUAUACAAUUGAAACCAACAUCAAUGGAAAACCUCUACGAGGGGUUCUCUUCUCCUACAAACAAGGUUUUGCAGAUUCAGCUAAUAGUAACCUCAGUGGGAUGGCUGAGGAGGCUCGUGUGGAGAAUGGAUGUCAACCAAAGUUAAAAACAACUGGUGAUAAUUCUCAUGGGAAGAAGUCUACAUCUCAAGAUUCCCUGACAGAAACUGAUAUUGCUUCUGAAUCCAACAAUUCAAAUCCCCCUGGUGCUCCUCCACCCCGUAAGCAGAUAAAUGAAACUUCAGGAAUGUCAACAGACUCCGUCCCAGAUUCAAAGGAUAAUGGGACACAUGAACCAUCCACAUCAAGCAGAGAAGUUCCUACCGAGGAUAUGUCUGCUGCAGCCAAAGUCUCAGUUGCUCGGUCUCCGAACCAAGGACCAGUUGGCCCAAUUUCUGACAUAAAAAAGACAUGACUUGACUAGCAGCGUUCUUCUUUUCAGUAUCAACAAACAUCAAACAGAGAGAUGGGUGACGCAUCAGUUUAGCUACUAAUUAAUGGCCUUCAGAAGACUGGCAGUGAUAUUAGGAUUUUUUUUCUUCUCAGUAUCCAGGUCACUUCUGUUAGACUUUUUUAUGGUUUGCGCAACAAAUCCUGUUUAGUCUAAACUAAUACAUGUUUAGUGAAAAAAAGAAGAAAAGAAAUACAUGUUUAGUGUAAGCUAAUUUAUGUUUUUGUUUAAAGCCAGUUUAUGAUUUAAUCAUGCUUAAUGGCUUGUUUAAGGUUAAUCCUAGAUAGGGUUGGAAACUAGCAUGACAUAUCAAAUAGUUUGAGCUGUCUAAUGUAGCCAUGAGUUGUCAAUC